UCAUGGCCUUUUCUCGGCAACUAAACGUUUGCAAAUUCAGCUCUGAGGCCGUUCUUUUGCCACUGCUGUGAGGUGUGCGCAAAAUAAUAAUAUCAAAAUUAAUGUCAAUUUUCGACUACUUGUAAAUUGCACUUUGGAGAUUGGCGCAAACUGCAGCCAUGGUGGACGAAGAGUAUUCGGCGUCGUCCUCGGCCGGCGGCAAAAAAAUGGGCAAGCAACACAAUACAUUGCCAUUCUGGGGCAAUGAGACUUCGAUGAAUCUGAACCCACUGAUACUUGCAAAUAUACAGAGUUCCAGCUAUUUUAAAGUGCACUUGUUUAAGCUGAAAACCUAUCACGAGGUUGUCGAUGAGAUCUAUUAUCAGGUGAAACACAUGGAGCCGUGGGAGCGCGGAUCACGCAAAACAUCCGGCCAAACGGGGAUGUGUGGCGGUGUGCGUGGCGUUGGCGCCGGCGGCAUCGUUUCCACAGCGUAUUGUCUGCUCUAUAAACUCUACACGCUUAGAUUGACGCGCAAGCAGGUUAAUGGACUGUUAAAUCAUACAGAUUCAGCCUACAUCCGGGCACUAGGUUUCAUGUACUUACGCUACACCCAACCACCGGCAGAUCUAUAUGAUUGGUAUGAGGAUUAUCUGCAGGAUGAGGAGGAAAUUGACGUGAAAGCCGGUGGCGGCCAGGUGAUGACCAUUGGCCAGAUGGUGUAUCAGUUUAUGACCAAACUGGAUUGGUUCUCCACGCUCUUCCCCCGCAUACCGGUGCCCAUUCAAAAGCAGAUUGAAAAGAAAAUCGAGCAAUAUUGUCGUGAGCAGGGCAUCACGAUCAACCAAUUAAGUUCUGGACGCUCGGCAUCAGCCAACAAUGCUGGGGCGCACAAUGCAGCAGCUCAAGCCGGUCCAGUGGCAGCUGGAGCUGGAGGAGCUACUGGGGACUAUCAAGACUACGGAGGUGAUCGGGGGCGUGGUGGCGGUGGUGGUGGCGGGACUGGACGUGGUGCCUAUCCGCCAAUGAACUAUCACGAUGAUCGUGACUAUUAUGCAACCUCUUCAAGUUCGUCCUAUGCCCGCAGCUCCCGCUAUGAAGAUUGCCCGCCGCCGCCACCACAAUAUGCCGCCUCAUCGGAUCGGGAGAAGGAGUAUGGCAGCCGCAGUGAGCGGCAUCGCAGCAAGCAUAAGAAGAAGCAUAAACAUCGUCACAGCUCACGCAGUCGUAGCAGAAGCCGAAGUGGCAGCCGUAGUCAUCGUAGCGAGCGGUAUGGCGAGCGCAAACGUGAGGACUAUGAGCGGAGCAGCCGGCAUCGACAUGAGGAUCACCACCACCACUACGAGGAUCGGGAGCGACGGUACCGAUGAAAACAGACAGAGACACGCCCAUCAAUUUUAAAAUAAUCUUUAAUUUUUUUCCUUCUCUUUACUCAUUGCAUUAAUUGAAUCGAGCCUUGGCUCAUACUCAGGUUGAAACGAGACACACACAUAAACUUACAUAUAUAGACAACAGCGCAAGCCAGUUGUGGCUUAUGGCUAUAUUUUUUAAUUCUUACGCUAAUUGAACAGUUUCCAAGUUGUGUUUGAUUAUAUACAAAUAAAGUCAAAAGAAACAUUUGUUUAAAA